AUGGUGGCCUCUACAACGCGGGUGUGGAAGCUCGACGAGACGAAUCUGUUCAAGGCGGUGCUCUUCCUCUUUCUCCUUCAGUACGCCUUCGGGCUCGGGGUGUUCCUACUUGUUAAGCUGGGAGUCCCUCCCGCGCUCAACGAAGAUGAACAUCACCAGCCCGCCGGAAGCAGCGUCGAUCACUACUACGACGGCUUUUUCCUGGGGCUCAACGGAGCUGUCUUCGGCAUCCUGCUUCUGGUGCUGCGCCUGCAGGAGAAGCAGUACGAGCUCGACGAGGCCGAGGAGGUGCUACGCGUAAUAAACUUCCUCCCCAUCCGCUGGUUCGCCGUCUCCGCUACCUACCCGCUCGCCCAGCUCUCCGACGUCUCGCAGUUCAUUCACAGGGGAGAGGCCUGUGUGCGGAUCGACUUCGCCGGGUCGCGUGGCGAUGAGACUCUGCUGUUCGUUCCCGACGGCCAGGAGGACCUCGUCCGCGCCCUCAGCGCCUACUUGCCCCAAGACCACCCGAACCGAGGGCCGGACGGUGUGGCGUGGGUCAUGAGCGAUGAAGAAUUCGAACCUGCCUGCCCCAAGCCUUGGCCUUGCUCGCUGGUCAUGAGCAAGCAGACACCGAUCCUGUCGUCUCGGGCUACGGAGGCCACUUGGAGCCAGCUGAAGACCUUCAUGGGCGCUCUCCUCGUCUGGUCACUGCUUCAGGCGCUCCUCUGCCUGGUCGUCCGGCAUCUUGACAUGGACGAACCCUCGCGCACUGGCCUCUGGCUGGGCCACUUCGCCGCCUCGACCUUCUUUUGCGCCUUGGCCGGCUUCUUCUGGAACAUGGGAAACGUCUCUCAGUACCGCAUCCACGAGUCGAAGCUGGAGCUGGCCUCUUCGCUCCCGUUCGUGUGCACCGAAGACCACGACUUCAAGUACGUCGAGUCGGUGACCCUCGUCAACGGCAGCGAGGUGCGGCGGCUGGUGGCCGAGGGCGACGUUGAGGGGGAGGGAGAACGCCGGGUCUUCGUGCUGGGCGACCUGCCCUCGGCCGACGCGGCCGCCCGGGAGGACUACAUCUACAUCAGGAGGAAGACGGGCCUGCUUGACCUGGCCAUCAUGCCCGAGAACGCCGCCCGAUUCGCCGACGUUCUCGCCCACCACGUCUCGCGCCACCAUCAGAUGAUGGUGUAG